AUGUCGUCGAAGCAUUCCAAAGCCGAAACCGCGAAAAAGGCGAGUAAAACGGUCACGAUGAGCAAUCAGCAAGUCGCAGAGCCCGCGACGAACGCUACAUCCUGUUCAACAAAUACCGUUGCUGUUCCCUCUACUAGCGGCCAGGUAACAGUAGUUAGUAUCGAUCAGGCCGGGACUGGAGCAGCCCCUGAGAAGCGUAUGGCUGGAGAAAGGCGAACCGAUAAAUCUAGUGGCGCCACCCGCGCAGCGGUCAUUCAGGAGUCAGACUGUCCCUUGUGUGAUGAGCCAAAUGAUAUGGAAAUGGUCCAAUGUGAUACUUGCCAGAGGUGGUUUCAUUUUCGGUGCGUGAAGGUAACGCAGGACAUUCAAAAUGUGAGCUGGAGCUGCACCGACUGUCCUACUGUGAGUAAUCAACAACGUACGACUGCCCCCGUACCUACUCAAAACCAAACAUUGCCUACUCAGUCGCAGACGGCGAAGAGCGUUGUAAAGAGUAUACAAAGUGAGGCAAGGAGGAGAUUGAAGCUGCAGUUGCUGAAAAUCGAAGAAGAGAAAAAACUUGAACAGAAGUACCUGAAGAAGAAAUACGACGUGCUUCUUGAGUACGGAAGUGAUACUUCAACGGAGAUAAGUGUCAACGAGGCGGAGAAAAUAUCUAAAAUCGAGGAAUGGGUGGCCGAUACUGAGCGUUGCGAUAACCAAGCGAACACCGGAUUAGAGCCUGAAGAGAUGGAAGAACUUUUGCCAAUCCAACUGGCUGGACCUACAGAGCAAACUGCUCCGAAUCUUGAACAAGGCACCGUGCAACCCACAAAUCCACAACAUCCAGUAUCUUCGGAUGUUCCUGGUAUUCAUCGUGUUAACCCUCCUUCGCUAAUCGACCCUCGCAUGUUCGUUCCAGGACAAAGAUCAACACCGAUGCGUCCGAGUCAGCAAGUAUCGAUGCCGCCGUCUGCGCCGCAUGUUGCAAAUGAAACUGUAUGCAUUCUAAACAGGAGUCAGCUAGCCGCACGACAAGCGGUUUCGAAAGAUCUCCCGGAAUUCAGUGGCAACCCCGAAGAUUGGCCACUCUUCUUCUCGAACUUCAGUAACUCCACCCAGAUGUGCGGGUUCUCCAACGAAGAAAAUAUGUUGCGGCUCCGAAAGUGCCUCAAAGGGAGAGCUCUAGAAGCAGUCAAGUGCCGCUUGCUUCAUCCGUUUAACGUCGCAGGAGUUAUGUCAACAUUGAAAAUGUUAUAUGGCAGGCCGGAAGCGAUUAUACAAGCAAUUGUAAAAAAUGUUCGAUCGUUACCAUCGCCAAACAUCGAUAGGCUAGAAACCGUCGUCAACUUCGCGCUCACCGUGGAGAACUUGGUCGCAACAAUCCAAGCAUGUGAAGUACACGAUUUCGUCUAUAAUGCUUCUUUACGAUACGAACUGGUGGAACGGUUACCUUCGACGUUGAAGCUUGAUUGGGCCAAACACUCUAGGGAUAAGCUCAAUCCAAAUUUGCUCGACUUCAGCUCGUGGCUGUAUUCAACAGCAGAGGAUGCCAGUGCGGUAAUGGCUACGAUAAAUAACGACCCAAAGCCUCGUUCCAUUAAGAAGGAUGGAUUUUUGAAUAUACAUUCAGAAACCGAGUCGGGAAAUAACAGAUCGUACAUGUCACCAUCUAAAGUGAAACCAACUUCUUUCAGUGGGUUUGAGAAGCAUUGUCCCAUAUGUAAGGGCGGGUGCCAGAGCGUUCCAAAGUGCAAACGAUUUGCCGAGUUCAGUUAUGACUCGAGAUGGGCUGCAGUGCGAGAGUGUAAACUCUGCCGAAAGUGCUUACGGAAGCACAACGGAUCAUGCAGGCAACAGAAGCCAUGCGGAAUAAGUGGUUGUACUUAUUUACACCACCCUCUUCUCCACAGUGAGAAACAACAGAGCAAUAGUUCGUCAAAUGGAUCAAUCACUGCUACGCUAUCAGAAGGGACAUCUCAGCAGAGUUGUAACAUUCACCAAGGUCAAUCGAAAGUUUUGUUCCGAAUACUCCCAGUUCGUCUCUAUGGACCCUCGAAAACAGUGCAAGCCUUCGCGUUUAUCGAUGAUGGUUCGGAACUCUCGUUAAUGGAUCAAAGCUUGGCUGAAGAGUUAGGUCUGAAAGGCCCCAGGAAAUCUUUAUGCCUGAAAUGGACAGGAGAGACGCAGCGUUUAGAAAAAUCGUCACAGAUUGUAAGUCUGCAAAUUUCAAGUUGCUUCAGUCAGGCAAAAAGGUACGAACUUUGUUCCGUACAUACCGUACAAAGUCUACAAAUAAGACCGCAAACACUACUCUAUUCUGAGAUUCAGAAAAAGUACCAACAUCUUGUCGGGCUUCCCAUUCAAUCGUACGAGAACGCCUGUCCUCGUAUAUUGAUAGGUCUUGAUAAUCUCAAUCUCGGACAUCCACUGAAGUGUAAAGAAGGACAAUCACAAGAACCAAUAGGCGUCCAGACGCGUCUUGGGUGGACCGUCUAUGGAAGCUGCGUGUCAGAAGAUGCUGCUGAACAUUCCGUUAACUACCACUCCUUGCAGAUUUGUCAAUGCAACCAAUACAAUGAUGAGGAUCUCCAUAGAACAGUUAAAAGCUUCUUUUCGUUAGAGAGCAUUGGAAUUACAAAGCCCGAAAGACCCUUACAGUCUCAGGACGACCAGCGUGCCCUGAUGCUUCUGGAAUCGCUAACAAUAUUUCGAGAUGGAAGGUAUGAAACGGGACUUCUGUUUAAGUACGACAAUGUGCGUCUGCCGAACAACAAAGAGAUGGCGCUGAAGAGGUGGCAGUGUUUGGAUCGGAGGAUGAAGCACGAUCGAGCAUUAGCUGAAGCAGUGAACGCGAAAAUCGAAGACCACAUCGAGAAGGGUUACAUACGCAAGCUAACUGACGAAGAGGUUCAAGCCUACCCUAAUGUCUGGUAUCUCCCGAUGUUUCCAGUGGUAAACCCAAACAAACCCGGAAAAAUAAGGCUCGUGUGGGAUGCUGCAGCCACAACUUACGGAGUUUCUCUGAAUUCCGUGCUAUUGAAGGGUCCGUAUCUUCUAACGUCGCUGUUAUCUGUACUGAUACAGUUUCGCGAAUGCCGUAUUGCAGUAUCCGGAGAUAUCCGGGAGAUGUAUCAGCAAGUAUCAAUUCGGAAGAAGGAUCAACCGUACCAGUUAUUCUUCUAUACAAAAAGUGGAAUCAAUCCGAACACGUACGUCAUACAGGUCAUGACGUUUGGAGCCUGUUGCUCGCCUAGUACUGCACAGUACAUAAAAAAUCUCCAUGCAAGGAAGUUCGAACAGAGCUAUCCUACAGCUGUUGAAGUAAUCGUGGAACGCCACUACGUCGACGAUAUGCUUCUAAGCGUCGAACAUGAGGAAGAAGCAAUAAAGCUAACGAGAGAGGUGAGGAAAAUUCAUGCAUCUGCGGGAUUCGACAUCCGAAAUUGGGCCUCCAAUUCUCCCGCGGUACUGAAGGCGCUGGACGAGUCCCUCACAGCAGUCAAAAGGCUAAGUGGUGAUGGUUCAGUUGAGAAAAUCCUCGGCAUGUGGUGGGACACUUCUACAGAUAACAUUACGUUUAAAAUUUCCGAUCGUAUAGAUGCGCUGCUCUUGUCCGGUACCCGUCGACCUACCAAACGAGAGGUCUUGCGGACUCUCAUGAUGGUUUUUGACCCGCUAGGGCUUAUCGGACAUUUUCUGAUGAUCCUCAAGACGCUUCUCCAAGAGAUAUGGCGCUCGUCAAUCGGCUGGGAUGAUUCGAUCAACGACUCGCAUUUCGAAAAGUGGUCUUCAUGGUGUGUGUCUCUCCCCGGAAUAACGACGCUUCAGAUCCCUCGCUGCUAUCGAACAAAAUCCUCUAUAGCCAAGCACAAUGACAUCCAGCUACAUACCUUUGUUGAUGCGAGUGAAACCGGCUUCGCUGCAGUUGUAUACCUGAGAUUUCAGGAAGACACCACUAUCGAAUGUGCAUUAGUUGGAUCGAAAACGAGAGUGUCACCUAUCAAAUUUCUGUCCAUUCCCCGUUCAGAGCUUCAAGCCGCCAUAAUUGGAGUCAGACUAGCAGAAACGGUGAAGCAAUCGUUAUCGAUCAAGAUAAGGCAACGAUACUUUUGGACGGAUUCGAAGGAUGUACUCUGCUGGCUGAAUUCCGACCAUCGUCGUUAUAGCCAGUUUGUGGCCUUCAGAGUCAGCGAGCUUCUCGAAUCCUCAGAUGUGCGCGAAUGGAAUUGGAUACCUAGCAAGCAAAACGUGGCGGACGAAGGAACGAAAUGGAAGACCAACCCCGACUUGUCCGCUUCUAGCCGUUGGUUCCGUGGGCCAGAAUUCCUGUGGAAAUCUACGGAACAUUGGUCUAUGUCUAAUAGUCGCAUCGGAGUAACCACUGAAGAACUACGUCCUCAUCUGUUGUUUCAUACUAAAAUUGUAGAACCUGUAAUCGAUCUCCAUCGCUUUUCCGACUGGCGGAAACUAAUUCGCUGCACGGCUCAUGUUUUUCGCUACAUAAAUAAUCUGAAAUCCUGCGUAUAUAAAAAGAAUGUAACCAACGGACCACUGCAACGUCGAGAGCUAAGCGAUUCCGAAUGCUGCCUAUUUCGUAUGGCACAAAACUACACCUACGCUGACGAAAUCACCAUUCUCUCUAGAAACCGGCUUGCAGAGAAUCCAGACAAAACCAUUCCGAGAAACAGUCCAUUAUUUCACAAAUGUGUCUUCCUCGACGAGAACGAUGUUCUAAGGGUUCGAGGUCGAACAAAAGCUUGCCAGUUUAUCGCCCGAGAUGCCGCUCAAUCAAUCAUUCUACCACGCGAGCAUCCAAUCACACGGCUUAUUCUUCUUGAUUUUCACAAGCGGUUCAACCACCAGAAUCACGAGACGAUUCUCAAUGAAAUACGUCAACGUUUCCACGUUCCAAGACUGAAGGGAACAUACAGGAAGGUACGCAGAGAGUGCCAAAAAUGCAAGAACGACCAAGCGUCUCCACAACCUCCCGCCACGAGUGACCUGCCACCGUACCGUCUAGCUGCUUUCACAGGACCCUUCACGUACAUGGGGAUCGAUUAUUUCGGUCCCAUGACCGUCGUCGUUGGACGACGCUCAGAAAAAAGAUGGGGAGUGCUGGCAACAUGCCUCACAACUCGCGCUAUCCAUUUAGAACUAGCUCACACACUGACAACCGAUUCGUGUAUUCUAGCAAUACGUAACGUAAUGGCUAGGAGAGGGACACCUGCAGUUAUUUUUAGCGACCGUGGCACCAACUUCCAGGGCGCCAGUAAAGAAUUGAAAGAAGUGCUGCAAGACAUCAACCAAGAACAGCUCAUGCGGGAAUUCACAACAUCCAAUACGGAAUGGACCUUUAUACCGCCAGCUUCACCACACAUGGGCGGAGCGUGGGAGCGCUUGAUUGGCAGCGUAAAAUGCAACCUUCAUAAACUGCAGUGGAGGAAACUUCCCACGGAUGAAGUUCUUUACAGUACACUGCUAGAAAUUGAGAACAUUAUAAACUCGCGACCACUUACUGACAUCCCCAUGGACGACGAUGAAUCUCCAGUGCUGACACCAUACCACUUUUUGCUGGGGUCAUCAAAUGGACUAAAACCAUGGGUACAGUACAACGAUAACCCCAUCGUGCUCCGGAAUUCCUGGAGGCAAUCACAAGUUAUGGCCAAUGAAUUUUGGCGCCAAUGGUUAAGAGAUUAUCUCCCUGUAAUCACCCGUCGCACCAAGUGGUUCAUGAAGGUAAAACCAAUUCAAGUGAAUGAUGUGGUAGUCAUCGCAGAUCCCAAGGCCCCUCGCAAUAGUUGGCCUAUGGGACGAAUCAUCGCAACCAGAGCAGGACAGGACGGGCAAGUCAGGAGUGCCACCAUACAGACUAAUCAGGGCAUCUACGAACGUCCCGCGGUUAAACUCGCCGUACUCGACGUGGGCGUUAGGAACCAAUACGCCUCCGGAGAACUCUCUGCGCAUUCGGGGGGGAGUGUUAAUACGCCCGUCGAUUUGGCGAUCCCCUCGUACAGUACACAGUAG